AUGUUCGCUAAGACCUUCUCGGCUCUCGCUAUCGUUUCGGCUGCCGCUGUGGUUGCCCAGGACAGUGGCAUGACCGUUGCCACCCCGCCUGUGGCCAACCAGUGCCAGCCCCUCCAGAUCACCUGGAAGGGUGGUCAGGCUCCUUACUUCCCCCGUAUCACUGCUCCGGGCAACCCCUCGGAAGUGGUGGACGGCCUUGACAAGUACCAGAACACUCAGGACACCAAGAUCUCGGGCUGGCCUGUGUCGGUUCCCCAGGGCCAGAAGUUCACUAUCUACGUCUGUGACUCGAGCGGUGCUUGCAACGGUUCGGCCCCUAUUACCGUGGGUGCUGGCUCGGACAGCUGCUUGAACGGUCAGAGCGGCGGUGGUGGUGCCGCUGGUGGCGCUGCUGGUGGCUCGUCGUCGAAGUCGUCGGGUGACAACAACUCGUCGUCGAAGUCGUCGGGUGACAACAGCUCGUCGUCGCAGCAGUCGUCGUCGCAGUCGUCGUCGCAGCAGUCGUCGUCGUCGUCGAAGCCUACCUCCAGCUCGGGCGCCGGUGCUGCCGCUGGUGGUGCCUCGAGCUCGGCUGCCGGCGGUGCCUCGUCGGUCGCCUCGCAGGCUACCAACGGUGCUGCCACCUUCAGCGGUGUUCCGGCCGUUGUUGCUGGUGUCGUUGGCGCCGUCGUUGCUGCUCUCAUCUAA